CAGCGAUGAUGAUUUGAUGCUUGGUAUUUUUAGAAACAGAAUCGCAAUUCCUAUUCUAGUAGCGAUAUCUUUUGUUCCAUUAAUGGAGAUAGCGAUGAUGCAAAUGAGAGCAGUUCUGAUAGAGAGCAGCACUGUUGUCGAAGAUCCAAGUGUGAGAAGGUCUGAUAGCGAUGAUAGCAGUUCUGAUGAAGAAACAACAACUUUUAUCUGUGAAUGUAUGGAUAUAGAUUACAUAAGUUUAAGUUUUGCAAUAUGCAUAAACUUUAAUAUUGUAUUGAAUG